AUGGCAGUUAAUGGAGAACAAAAACGCACCUCCAGAAACCAAAAGAUCCCAUUAGCAGAUUCCAAUGGCCAAAACAUGGCCACCCUUUUGAGCCCAGGGUUCAAAUCUGCUGCUGCUAUGGCUGGUUGGGAUGAAGAGGCACUGUUAUUGGCCAGCCUCAUCGUUGAAGACACGCCAGAUCGAGAUUCCAAGCACAAGAAACGCUCUCUUCUGAACUCCAAAUCUCCAGCCACCAACUCAUCAAGGAAACGUAGAGCUCGGAGGACUCCACAACAACCAAUCCCUGUAAUUCUUGAUCUUGAUUCAGAAGAAACCCCCAGAAAAGAGAGUGGGAGAAAGAAGAAAGAAAAAAAGGCUUGUGUUAAUAAUGAGGGAAGCAAAGUAGGAGGGGAUGGGAAUGAAUGGAAAGAGAAGAACGCGAGGGUCCCUUCUUCUAGUUCAGCUCUUCCCUGCAUUGAUAAACUUAGGGACGAGCUUUCCUGUGCUAUUUGUUUGGAAAUAUGCUUUGAGCCAAGUACCACUCCUUGUGGUCACAGCUUCUGUAAAAAAUGUCUACGAUCUGCGGCAGACAAGUGUGGCAAAAAGUGCCCCAAAUGCAGGCAAUUAAUAAGCCAUGGACGAUCAUGCACUGUGAACACAGUCCUCUGGAACACAAUCCAGCUCCUGUUCCCCCAAGAAAUUGAGGCAAGAAAAGCAGCUGGCUCCUUGAAUGGUCGCCACCAAGCUCAAAAUCUGAGUCCAGAAACAGCAUUCUAUGCUAACCUAAGGAAUACAAAAACACAACCUUCUAGUGUGGCAUCAAGCAGAAACAUGAAUUCAAGGAGGAGUGUGGCAACAACAUCAACGCAGGUGGAUGGUGAUGAUGCAUUGGCUAGGAGGUUGCAGAGAGAAAUUGAUGAACAAAGCCCGGGAACAACUCGAACUCGGGUUCACACUGGAAGAGUAAGGGAAAGAAGAGGUGUUUCUACUAGCCAAGAUGAGGAUGCAGCUUUGGCUCUAAGGUUGCAGAGAGAGGAGUUCAUCCAAGCUUUUAGGAGGGGGAGCAACCAGGAACAGGGUGUUAGGUUACCUUCAUCAUCAUUAGCAAAUUUGAGGGCUAUGGCAUCUAGAGCCAUGAAUCCUAGGACUAGUGAUAGAAGGAGAUAA